UGGGGACGCGGGCGCGCAAGGCGGCAGGAGUUGUUUCCGGUCGUGUUGGUGGUCUGUAUUGAGUUGCGGCGAAGAUAAAAUGGAGACAAUUCUGGAACAGCAGCGGCGAUAUCAUGAGGAGAAGGAACGGCUCAUGGACGUCAUGGCCAAAGAGAUGCUCACUAAGAAGUCCACGCUCCGGGACCAAAUCAAUUCUGACCACCGCACAAGAGCCAUGCAAGAUAGGUAUAUGGAAGUCAGUGGGAACCUGAGGGAUUUGUAUGAUGACAAGGAUGGAUUACGAAAGGAGGAACUCAAUGCCAUUUCAGGACCCAAUGAGUUUGCUGAAUUCUAUAAUAGACUCAAGCAAAUAAAAGAGUUCCACCGGAAGCACCCAAAUGAGAUCUGUGUGCCAAUGUCGGUGGAAUUUGAGGAGCUCCUGAAGGCUCGAGAGAAUCCCAGUGAAGAGGCACAAAAUUUGGUGGAGUUCACAGAUGAAGAGGGUUAUGGUCGUUACCUUGAUCUCCAUGACUGUUAUCUCAAAUACAUUAACCUGAAAGCCUCUGAGAAGCUGGAUUAUAUCACAUACCUAUCCAUCUUUGACCAGUUAUUUGACAUUCCUAAAGAAAGGAAGAAUGCAGAAUAUAAGAGAUAUCUGGAGAUGUUGCUUGAGUAUCUUCAGGAUUAUACAGAUAGAGUGAAACCCCUGCAAGAUCAGAAUGAACUUUUUGGAAAAAUUCAGACUGAAUUUGAGAAGAAGUGGGACAAUGGUACUUUUCCUGGAUGGCCGAAAGAGACAAGCAGUGCCCUGACACAUGCUGGCGCCCAUCUUGACCUCUCUGCAUUCUCCUCCUGGGAGGAGUUGGCCUCCCUGGGACUGGACAGAUUGAAAUCUGCACUAUUAGCUUUGGGCCUAAAGUGUGGGGGGACCCUAGAAGAACGAGCCCAGAGACUGUUCAGCACAAAAGGGAAGUCACUGGAGUCACUGGACACGUCCCUGUUUGCCAAAAACCCCAAGUCAAAGGGCACCAAGCGAGCAUGUUCUCAUGGUUACUUUAUUAUCAUUAUUAUAUUAAACCAAGGAUGGGCUGCACUCAAGUGCCUGAGAGUGCCCAUUCCCUACUGGCUGUAUAAGCUUCAUGGCCUAAAUAUCAACUACAACUGUGAGAUUUGUGGAAACUAUACCUACCGAGGACCCAAGGCCUUCCAACGGCACUUUGCUGAAUGGCGUCAUGCUCAUGGCAUGCGGUGUUUGGGCAUCCCGAACACUGCCCACUUUGCUAAUGUGACACAGAUUGAAGACGCCGUCUCCUUGUGGGCCAAGCUGAAACUGCAGAAGGCGUCAGAACGAUGGCAGCCUGACACUGAGGAAGAAUAUGAAGACUCCAGUGGAAAUGUUGUGAAUAAGAAGACGUAUGAGGAUCUGAAAAGACAGGGACUCCUCUAGUGUUCAGGCUUGCCCACGUGUCCUCUGAAGUCUGCUUUUUCUAUUUCUCCCAACCAAAUGCUUGUAAAGACUUUGCUAUGUAGUCUUACAGUCUGGCAUGCAUCUUGAAGACAUGCUAGUAGAUUGCAGGGUUGAGAUGUGUUUUACCUUUGUUUUAUAUUAAAAAAGAUUCAGAGA